UUAUUAAACUUUUAUUUACUAGUGUUAUUUGACUCUACAGAGCAGCCGGGAGCACCGACCGAUCUGGAGCUAACGGAUCCAGGAGCGAGAAGCAUUCAGCUCACCUGGACACCUGGAGAGGAACACAACAGCCCUAUCAAGAAGUUCCUGAUCCAGUAUGAGGACGCUCUCCACCAGAGCGGCGUGUGGCACAACCUGACGGAGGUUCCUGGAACCAAGACCACGGCUCAUCUGAAGCUCUCUCCGUACGUCCACUACAGCUUCAGAGUGCUGGCGCUCAAUGACGUGGGCUUCAGCCAUCCCAGCAUGCCCUCGCACCAGUACAGGACCAGCCCCGCAGCUCCUGACGAGAACCCUACUGAGGUCAAAGGUCACGGCACCGAACACAAUAAUCUGGUCAUCACGUGGAAGCCGCUGAUGCCUCUGCAGGCCAACGGUCCCGGCCUGCAGUAUAAGGUCAUGUGGCGUCAGCAGGGCAUUGAGAAGGACUGGACGUCGGUCAGCGUGGCUAACGUCUCUAAGUUCGUGGUGUCGGGGACACCCACAUUCGUGCCGUACGAGGUGAUGGUUCAGGCGCUGAACGAUUACGGUCUUGGACCCAAACCCGGUGCUGUGAUCGGAUACUCCGGAGAGGACUUUCCGUCAGCAGCUCCGGGUGAUGUGCGGGUCCUGGUGCUGAACAGCACGCUAGCAGAGGUGCGCUGGAGCCCCGUUUCACCCGAAUCCGUGCGCGGCCGACUCCAGGGUUAUAAGGUGCAUUACCAGCGUGAGCGCAGUUUACACCGACACAACUCUCAUCACAGCAAACAGAGUACUGAGAUCUUCAGCCCCAACAAAACCAGCGGGAAACUGCCUGACCUGCUGCCGUACAGCGUCUACAGCCUGCGUGUGACGGCCUUCAACGGCCGAGGAGAAGGUCCCUCCAGCGUCCCGCAGCGCUUCGAGACACCCGAGGGCGUUCCAGGUGUGCCGUCCUUCUUCAAGGUUUCUGCUUUAGAUCUGGACUCUCUGACGCUGGAAUGGGGUCCACCUCACGAGAGGAAUGGCCGUCUGACCGGAUACACCUUCAAAUAUCAGAGCGUCGACAGCAAAAAUGAUUUGGGUCUGCUGGAGGAGCUGGAUCUGCCGUCCAAUCAGAGCAGCUUCACGCUGCACAACCUCCCUCACAGCACACGCUACAAGUUUUAUAUCAGUGCCAGAACGCAAAGAGGAGUCGGUCCCACGCUCACCGAGGAGGCCGUCACUGUCCUCGACAGAGCGCCGCCGGUCACUCCUGCAUUUGGGAACGUCAGCUCGUCCAUGAGCGAGGAUGGAGCGCUGAUCAGUUGGGAAUACUGGGGCCCCGAGAAACACCUUUAUGUUGAAUAUAUUAUAGACAACAGUGAUGAAGACUGGCACAAAGAGAAGGUCAACGGCUCUCAGUUCCACGUUCUUAAGGGUUUGAAGAAAGGUUUGGCCUACAAGGUGCGUGUGGUGGCCCAGGGUCAUGACGACCAAGCGGUCCAUCACUCUGAGGAGCUGUUGGUUAAGGUCUCAGCGAUGGUGAGUCCGCAGGUGGACAUCGCCACUCAGGGCUGGUUCAUCGGUCUGAUGUCGGCCAUCGCUCUGCUCAUCCUCAUCCUGCUCAUCAUCUGCUUCAUCAAGAGGAACAAGGGCGGCAAAUAUCCAGUUAAAGAGAAGGAAGAUGCUCACGGAGACCCGGAGAUCCAGCCCAUGAAGGAGGAUGAUAUCACGUUUGGAGAGUACAGUGACGAGGACCGUAAACCGCUCAAAGGGAGCCGAACUCCGUCCAGCGGAACCGUUAAACGCGACGGCAGCGACGACAGUUUAGUCGACUACGGAGACUCUGGAGACACGCAGUUCAACGAGGACGGCUCGUUUAUCGGACAGUAUAGCGGGAGGUCAGAUAGAGACGUGACGCACGACAGCUCCGAGCCGCCGUCUCCGGUGAACGCCAUGAACUCAUUCGUGUGAGAUCCGCUGAUUCAUGAACCCAGCUUCAGUUUACUAGAGACUAAUCAAGCCCAACGCUCGUGACGGACGCGACUGAAUCGGACGACACGUGACUGUUGCGUCCGUACGAAUGUCAGAGGAUGUUUAACCGGGCUGUGUUCACAAUAGCACACCAUCAUACUACUGCAGUAUGUACUAUUAUGCAAUCAUCUAGAUAUCAGGCAAAAAUAUAAACAUUUUCAAUUAUGAUUUGACUUUAUAACUUAAAGAUUUACUUAAAGGAAUA